UACGCAUUAAAAAGUCAAAAUAAACAACCCAAUUGACACACACACAAAUUAAUGGAGCUGAUUAAGGCAAAUUAGUGUUAACACGAGGCUCGAGUGGAGAUGAAUCACGGCGUCAAUUAACCGAACAAAAUGAUAGACAGAUAAUACGAAACGAACGAACAUGUCCGGACACGCAGUUGUUGUGUGGGAAUACGAGAUCCGGAACGGAUAUUGGAAACCGUACAGUCCUGAGGUCAGCCAACACUUGGAACGGGCGAACGCCAAACAAUUAACCAGAGUGUUGCUCUCUGAUGCUGAUCCUGCAUUGCUCAGCUAUUACGUGAACCUCAGGACUUUGACUCAGGAACAUGAGGACUCUGAUAUUGUGGUGCCUGUGAGGAGGAAAUGUUAUCCUCCCAGUUCUCCUGCUGGAAAGGGGGCAAAGUGGGAAUGUGCAGGCUCUGAUCAUGGUUCUGAUUGGCAUGCAUUUGAUAUGGAUAUACAGUGUCUAGUUGAAGAAGCGUGGGCAAGAGGUGACCAAACUAUUGAUAUGAGCAAGACAAGGUUGGGAUUUCCUUAUGUGAUAAAUUUCACUAAUUUGACACAGAGGUGGUUGACAAAUGGCUUUGUAAGAAGUGUAAGGAGAAUGAAAUCAGCACCAUAUCCUCUGGUGAAGGUCAGACUUGAAGAGUUGGUUCCAGUUACAGGGAGGAGAGCUAAUGAUAUAAGGAAGUCUUCAAGGGGCAAUAAUAAUAAUAGCACACAGCAAAACCAGAGUCAAAAAGUAAUAGGCAGCAGUGCUGCUCUAAACUCAACAGAGGCCAGUAAAAAGACUAACAACAAGAAAAAAACAUCUGGAAAAGGAAAAAACGGAGAAACAACACCAGCUAAUUUAGCCAGAGCAAUUCUGAAUAACCUUAACAUUUUUGGUAAUAAGUCAGCCAAUGUGCCCUCACAAACAAGCGAGAACAGAACGCUUCUUGAUGCGGACAGCAGUAGCACAAAAUCGGGUAGACGACCAAGUUUGGACACAGUUUCCACGUAUUUAAGUCAGGAAAGUCGCGAGAGUCAGGCGACUUCAUCAACUGCAGAUCUAUUGCAUUGUUCAUCCGAUUUGCUUAACAGCGACGACGUGAACGCUAACCAGGAGCUGCCCUCGAUUGUGGGCGUGGACGCGGGCAGCGCGAUAAUUUCGCGUUUCGUACGCGUAUCGAAACCGAGUGAAUGGGCGCCGCGUCAGCCCUGUCCCCUUUGUAGACAGCCUUUAAAACAAGACGUGGUCGUCGUGGCCCUGCCCUGUAAUCACGUCCUUCACCUGGACUGUCUGAACUGUGCGCUCACCGAACAGCAAGAAACUGGGGCCCUAUUGCAUAUACAAUGCGCAGUUUGUGGUUGUAUCUACGGCGAGAAGCACGGGAAUCAGCCUCCGGGCACGAUGGAAUGGGGAGUCAUAGACAGGACUUUACCUGGCCAUCAGAACUGCAGAACCAUCCAAAUUGUUUACAACAUUCAAUCAGGAAUUCAAGGUUCAGAUCAUCCGAAUCCUGGAAGAGAAUAUUAUGCAGUUGGAUUUCCCCGUGUCGCAUACUUACCGGAUAACCCCAAGGGACGUAAGAUCCUGAGGUUGUUGAAUGUGGCUUGGCACAGGAAAUUGAUAUUUACGGUCAGUCGUUCGCACACCACAGGUUGCGAGGACGUGGUCGCUUGGAAUAUACCGCAUAAAACGGAAAUAGGGCCGAGCAAUAAUGGACAAAGUUAUCCGGAUUCCGGAUAUUUGAAUAGGCUGAUCAGGGAGUUAGAGGCGCUUGGUAUAGUCGAGGAGAGUAUUAAAAGGUAAUGACGGAUUGGGAUUGGAUGAUUUGUGUAAAUAUGUACGGUUUACCUCGAAUUUUCUUCUUCUCAUUUUUUUGUAUUUUUGUGGGUGAUACUGUUUGCAAUAAACGUCUUCCCGGGUGUUUUUACUAAAAUGCCGCAUUGCAAUAACAGAAAUUAUAAAAAAAGAAUCUAUUUUAUUUAUGAAUAUUAUUUAUAUAUUAAAUGCCAAAUAGAUUUUAUUAUAUUAUUUUUAAUAGUAGUAAAUUAUGAAUAUGACUUAACAUAAUUUAUUCCUUCUUCUAAACUCAUAUUCAUAGUUUAUUAAAAUGCUCUUAAGACUUGACUUGAGCUUUAAAAUGAAACUAGUAUUAUUUUUGAGAAUUACUAUUAUUAGCUUAGAAAUUCUGGGGCCACUUUAAAAGACUGUGCUGUUUUGAAGAUUUCCAUUUUUUCCAUUAAAUGCAGCUCAUUUAGUACAAAUAUUAAUUUUCUACGGAUUUUCUUCAUAGUAGUUUGAUACUGAAUUGUAUAAUAAUUAUUUUAGUGUACUUUUAUAGAAAAUUUGCCAUGUUAAUUUUAUAAAUAAACUUUUCUAUAAGAAAAAUUCGGGUUUUGU